ACGAUAGUAGUAACCUGAGGUAUACUCUACUCUUAACGUCUUUUUAUGGACUCAAAUGUCCGUCGAAAAUAUCCUGUUUGUGUGGAAAUAUUUCAUCGGAGAGUCAUUGUAUGUGAAUGUUCUGAAUAGAAUUGGAUAGAAAUAGAAAUUAAUUUAAACGACCUGCACACUCUUCUGAAGGAUAUUUAUCACUCGAAUGGACUUUUUAUGGACUCAAAUGACCGUCGAACGUAUCGGAGAGCGUCAUUGAAUUUGUGAAUGUUCUGAAUAGAAGAAGACGUAUUAAUUUAAACGACCUGUACACUCUUCUAACGGAUAUUUAUCACUCGUAAUUACUAUUUAUGGACUCAAAUGACCGUCUAAAAUAUCAGAGAGCAUCAAUGCAUUUGAGAAUGUUCUGAAUAGAAGAAGACAUAUUAAUUUAAACGACCUGUACACUCUUCUAACGGAUAUUUAUCACUCGUAAUUACUUUUUAUGGACUCAAAUGACCGUCUAAAAUAUCAGAGAGCAUCAAUGCAUUUGAGAAUGUUCUGAAUAGAAGAAGACGUAUGAAUUUAAACGACCUGGUCACUCUUCUGAAUUAUAUGUAUCACUCAUAUGGACUCAAAAGAACGUUUGGGUGGAAAUACGUUCUCGGAGAGCGUCAUGGAACGUUCUAAGAACGUUUGGUUGUUUAUUUAAAAUUUGUAUUAGUUAAUGUUAAUAUUUGCUUGGUGAGUCUCAUUGGGUCAUCAUUUGACAACAAUCUGCUGAGGGAUAUUUAUUACACUUAAGGACAAUAUCAUCUUUAUGUGGAAUUACUUACAUGAAAAACGUAAUUGAAUUUGUGAAUGCUUUAAAUAGAAUGUAACAAAACGCAGGUAUGUUUACCUGUCAUUUAAGCAUUUGGUUGAACAUUUUACUUAUUAAACAAGGAAAUGUAAAUUCAUUCCACAGGAAACUGAUUUUAUUAGUAGCCUACUGUUAUACUAAAGUCUGAAGAAAGUUAUGUCAAAAUUUGGAUCAGCUGAACUUGACUUCAAGUGUUCGUCUCAAACUACAUCCAUUGGUGAUGCCGGAGGUCACUUCAACCAGAAGUGAUAAACUAGCGUCCAAAGGCAUUAUGAUUUUAUGCAACACAACGGCGAUCAAGGACUGGAGCUAUUUUCUUUCUCAGAUAUUGCCUCUUGUGAAUAAAUCAGCGGGAUUUGUUCAUCAGAGUAUGGAUCAGGUGGAUGCGGUAACGAGCGCCAUGGUGACGGCUCUGGAGACCGACCUGAGCGGGAUGAGCGCCAGUCACCCGCCGCUCAACUCAAAUCACACGUCCGGGAUGGAGCAUGUCUUCCAGUACUCGUACUCGGAGAAUGACCUGCAGUACACGGACUACAAAACUCCUCCGAGGGACUCAAUACUGCUGCCCAAGUCGGUGCUUUACCUGGUCAUGGCCGCGCUGGUGGUGGUCGUCGUGGCGUACGCGAUCGUUGGGCAUCUGGUGAAAGAUCUCGUUCACGAAUGUAUUGAGUGGGCGUUCAUGCCACGUUCUGACAACCGGACGAACAAGUGUGAAGUAAACUGCAUCAGCAUGAAUGAAAUGAACGAACUGCCUCGUCCAGUGGACACAGACUGUAUCACUUACAAUCACUCCGACUCCACGAGCACCAUCAAGGCAGAAGAACUGGUGGUGACCAUCGAUGAAACCUUGCAGAUACCUCGUGAGGAUUACAGUGGGACCUAGAUUUAAGAAAAACAGCCACUAAAUUGAUUCAGCCCUUUAUAAUAAGGAGAAAAGCAAGUUUGCUUCAGUUUGAUCAGCAUCUGUAACGCUGAGAGAGCCGUCACAAUGAAGACACAUGACCUUUGGUGGAAGACUUAGCCAGGGAUGAGGAAAAGGAGACGUAUUUGGGAGACUUUAGAAAGAGUGGAAUCAUUUACAAAUAAAAUACAUGACAUUCUUAAAACUCUUUAUCAAAGUGCUGAUACAGACGAUGUAUAUGGAAAAUGGAUGUGAACCACAGAAAGACGAGACAUUUCUUUUAUCAAUCAUUUCUUUAUCAGUCUUAUCACACAAUAUUUUUCUUGUUUUGUAGAGACAUGCACUGUGAAUCUAGAAUAGUGUUCAGCUUUUGUUUAGUUUUUUCCUAUUUCCCCUGCUAUGUUUUUAUUUAUAAGUAUUUCAGGGUUUUCCAUUUUUGCACAGUAUUUGCAGUUAUUCACAACUCCCCUUUAGGUUUACUGCAAUCAACUAUGCUACUUAAAACAAUUAUGAAAAUAGUUAAUCCUCACUGAAUUGCAAACAAACAAACAACAGCAGUGUUUUAUUUACUUGUCAUCUGAGCCAUGAACUUUUAUUUACUUUUCAUCUGAGGUGUGACCGAAAACUUUAUAAUGGAGAGAGACACUACACAAACACAGCUCACUGAUAAAACAAAUAUGUGAAAAACACCAGUUGUAUGCGCUUAUAAAUGAUAUUUGAUAAUAUAAGUGUAUAAUGUGUGUUGACAAAAAAAAUGUCCUGUUUACUUUUCAUCUAAGGGCUAUAAGUUCAGGUCUUGUUGUUAAGUAGUUUUUCCUCCGUUGUUGUCAAAACAGAGAUUUCAGAAUAUCGCAUUUUUAAAAAACUGAAAAUCGGAAUGGAGAGUUUCAAAUUUAAAAUGUACAAUAAGGGACAGUUUUGAAAAUUUCCCGAAUAUUCUUCUUAGCUGUUUCAA